GAUUUCUACUGAGUUCAGUCUUCAGUAUUUUGAUGUGAAAUUUGAAGAUUAUUUUACUCUUCACAACAGUGAUCUUAUCAAACACAAAGGCACCAUAAAGGGAGAGGAUGAAGAAAGUCAAGAACAAGAGAGGAUUCAGUUGUUUACUGAAGUAAAGAAAGAGGACAACAACGCAUUGAUAAAAGAAAAAAUGGCCAAAACAUUUGCACACAGAAGAAACGAAAUCAUUAACCAAUCACCCAGUAUAGAGAAAAUUAAAGCCAGAUGGCCCGCUCUAUUUGAGCCGUCUCACAUCCAGGAUGAGUUUCACAGAAUCACAAUGGUGCAUCUUGAAUCAAAGAUCAUGUCCAAACUGGAUGAAUAUACUCCUCGACUUCUGAACCUCUUCCACUCCAAGGGCGGAACCAUGGAGUUGAGGUUGCAGGCUAUCCUACUCGAGACUCCAAGCAAUCCUGACAUCAACAUGACCAGAGAUGUUACCAUUCGAUGUUUGAUGAUGUACCUUGGGGAACCUACAGAUCAACUCUUACAAAAGUAUGAUGAUGCUGAUGAAGACAGUGUGUCACAGGACCUUGCUGUUCAAAGCCUGAAGAUCUACAACAUCAAAGCUAACACGUCAGAGGAUCCAGACAUCGGUAUCGUGGUGGACAGCGUGAAAAUUCUAACUGCUCUGGGUAACUUUCCAAGGGCUUGCUCCCUGCUUGUUGGAUUGGUGUAUGCUAUGAGUCUUGCCUAUCCAAAGAAGCUCAGAUACACGUUUGAAGUGUUUCAGAAACUUCUCCUCGGACUGGAUAGUUCAAAGCUCUCCACAAAAGUGAACAGCCUCAGGAAUAAACUAAUGGCUUAAGAAAACGGACCCUUACUAAACAAAAGGGAAUAGACAAGCCACUGUCAAAAUCAACACGCAAAACUUUGUGACAUGCUCUGUGAAGUUAGUUAAAAUUUGGGUAAU